UGUCAGAGCUUCCGGGCUGAUCGCUGUGGCCCGGUAAUUCACAGAUUUCCCUUUUUAAUAAGGAUUGCAAGACACACUUGCUGUUGUUAUUUAUUGCCCAAAAAAACCCAGUGUAAAUAGUUAAUGUACAUAUUCUUUUUUGGAGCUCUCGUUACGAGGAUAAAUAUAACAGAGAAGGUCCCGCAGCGGCUCUGGCAUAGCGGUUAAGAAAAGAGGCUGUCGUACUGCAUGAAACACCAACCUUCUGGAUCCUCCAUACCGACCAGCUCAGUUCGCCAUUGGUCAGAAGGGUUGGACUAGUGUCCAGCACUGACUUCAUCCCCAAGAUGAAGUUGAAGGAGGAUAUCAACCCUCUGCUCCUGCAGGUUUUCCGCUCUGUCGUCUGGGUCUAUUCGGUCAUAACCUUCCUACCCUGGUACUUCUUCUCUGGAGCCGGAACUAAUUUGGAGCGAGCCCGGCGAAUAAAGGCCCGCUCCAUCAGCGGGCACCCAGCAGGACCUUACAGGGCCAUCAACAGCCAGGAGAAGCUGGUAGCACUGGUGCAGCCGGGAGUCGACACACUGGACAAAAUGUUCGAGUAUGCAGCGAGGAGGUUCCCAAACAGGGACUGUCUGGGUACUAGGGAGGUGCUGAGUGAGGAGGACGAACCGCAGCCGAAUGGCAAAGUGUUUAAAAAGGUCAUUCUCGGGAACUAUAACUGGCUGACGUAUGAGGAAGCCUACCAUGCAGCGAAGUGCUUUGGUAGUGGUCUGGCAGCUCUUAAUCAGAAGCCUCACCAUAACAUCGCCAUUUUCUGUGAGACUAGAGCUGAGUGGGUCAUAGCGGCGCAGGCCUGCUUCAUGCACAAUUUCCAACUUGUGACACUGUAUGCCACACUGGGGCCCAAAGCCAUAGCUCAUGGCCUGAAUGAGACAGAGGUCACCCACAUCAUCACAAGCAAGGACCUACUUCAGAGCCGCCUUAAGGCCAUUCUGUGUGAUGUGCCCCGGCUGCAGUAUAUCAUCGUUGUGGACGUUAAACCCACAAGUUGGUCAGAUAUGCCCAGAGGGAUCACUGUCUACAGCAUGGAGGCUGUGAAGGAGCUGGGAUCCAAACCUGUAAACCUGGACCGCAGACAGCCGGAGCCCUCGGACAUCGCUGUCAUCAUGUACACCAGCGGCUCCACAGGCAUCCCCAAGGGUGUGAUGAUCUCCCAUGGCAACCUCAUAGCUGGCAUUGCAGGCAUGGCCGAGCGGAUCCCCAACCUCAAUGAGACAGACACCUACAUUGGCUACCUACCAUUGGCUCAUGUGUUAGAGCUCAGUGCAGAGCUGGUUUGUAUCUCCCAUGGCUGUCGCAUUGGAUAUUCCUCUCCUCAGACUCUGGCAGACCAGUCCUCCAAGAUCAAGAAGGGCAGUAAAGGGGAUACCAGUGUGCUUAAACCCACUCUCAUGGCCUCUGUACCAGAGAUCAUGGAUAGAAUUUACAAAAAUGUCAUGACGAAAGUAGACGAGAUGAGCAAAUUUCAGAAGACGCUCUUUGUGUUGGCUUAUAACUACAAAAUAGAGCAGAUAUCCAAAGGCUACAGCACUCCUCUCUGUGACAGAUUCGUUUUCCACAGAGUUCGGUCUCUGUUGGGAGGUAACACUCGGGUCCUGCUCUCUGGAGGAGCCCCGCUGUCAGCUGCAACGCAGCGCUUCAUGAAUGUCUGUAUGUGCUGCCCUGUGGGACAGGGCUACGGCCUGACGGAGACCUGUGGAGCUGGCACCAUCAGUGGGGCCUGGGAUUACAGUACAGGACGGGUUGGUGCGCCACUGGUUUGCUCAGAGAUCACCUUAAAGGACUGGGAAGAAGGCGGUUACCACAGCACUGACAAGCCCAACCCAAGGGGGGAGAUUUUAAUUGGUGGGCCCAAUGUGACAAUGGGAUACUACAAAAAUGAGGGCAAGAACCACGAGGACUUUUUUGUGGAUUCGAAGGGACAGCGAUGGUUCUGCACAGGAGACAUAGGAGAAUUUCAUCCAGACGGCUGCCUGAAGAUCAUUGACCGUAAAAAAGACUUGGUGAAACUCCAGGCAGGUGAAUAUGUCUCUCUGGGAAAAGUUGAGGCUGUUUUGAAGAACUGCCCCCUUAUAGAUAAUAUCUGUGCCUACGCCAACAGUGAAGAGUCGUAUGUGAUCAGCUUUGUGGUUCCAAAUCACAAACAGUUAAUGGGAUUGGCAGAACAGGUUCAAAUAAAAGGCACGUGGGAGGAGCUCUGCAACAACCCUCGGAUGGAGCGGGAGGUGCUCCGUAUCAUUAAUGAGGCUGCCAUCUCAGGCAAACUGGAGAGGUUUGAGAUUCCCAAAAAAAUCCGGCUGAGCGCUGAGCCGUGGACACCGGAGACGGGCCUAGUUACCGAUGCGUUCAAAUUGAAACGCAAAGAGCUAAAGAAACACUACCAAGAAGACAUUGAGAGGAUGUAUGGCGGGAAAUAACAGAGAUGCAUUACACACUAAACACUCACAUAGCGCUUAAAAAGCCCCCUUGGGAACUGUCUCAUGCGGAAAUACAUGGAUGACAUACACACACACACCUAACUACAAACAUACAGACUUGUUUGCCUCCUCAGCUUCACUGUAACCAGCUUUGAUCAAAAGAGACAGGAAAGCCUGGAAUCAGGUCCUCAUUUAUCAGUUGAGACAAAAGGCUGAAAGGGACCUUAGAGAGGUUCCACCAAAGCUCAGACCCUACCGAGUCGCUAUGACUACCACAGGAAGUCGGACCGUUGCAUGGCUCAAAGUGAAAAGAAUGUCAUGCUAGACUUUUGUACAUCUGUCUGUGUUGCUUCUCUUCUCCUCUCCACACUGUCUGGAACAUUCCACCUCUGCAGCUCGGUUUGCUAACUUGCAGCGCAGUUAUAUGGCAGGGAUGUGCGUUCCUACAUAGACUCUGAGUGACGUUAAGGUUGGAAUAUUUGCAGGGAUUUUUAUUGUCUUUAAUAUAUGAUUUUUCUUACAUGUGUUGCAAUGUUUCGUUAAUGUUUAGUUUGACAGCAUCAGGAUCCAUGUGUGAGAUGAAUAAGUGUUGCAAAGCCAUGAGAGAUUUAACAUUAAGACAUUGAAAAAUCUGUUUUGUUCUUGUUACUUGUAUUAAUCGGAUGGUUUUUAACCAUUUUGUUUUCUAUCCUUAAGUUGUGUUUUCUAUCUGUUGAUGCUCAUUGUAUGUUUUCUUUUUUACGGUCAUUAUCCCCUCUAUUUAUCUGUCUGCAUCCCAAAGUUUGCUGAUUGGAGUACAUGUUUACUUACUUGACUCCCUUGCCCCUGCUCCCUGCAAAUGCAGCAUUUCUAUCCUUUGAGACUUUGCAUGCAUUGGGAUAUGCUUCUCAAUGACCUGCCACUUCUGCCCUGUGUCACUCCAGUGAACAAUUAAUGCAUCAUAUGGAUAACCUUCAAGGGAAUUUUGCUUACUGUACAAUGAUUUAUAGUAGAGUUACGAGUAACCUUUUGGCACAGUUGUAUUUUAAUCUUAUUAACCAUAGAUCAACCUAAUAUGAUUUUUGUUUUUAAAUAUACGAAAUACAAAAAUGAAUGUGCAAUAUUUAUACAUAGUUUUAAAGUGUAAGAAGGAGGCAAGGCACAGCCAAAAGCUUUUUUUUUGUGGUUUAUUCGUCACUAAAGCUCUUUUAAGGAGAAGUCAGCUUAAGGGGACGAUAGAGAGACACUGAUAGGAGAGUUGUGAUAUAGCCUAUACUGAAAAUGUUCAUUUAAACUGCAUGAUGGAAGAUGCAAAGUACCUGAAUGAGAAAAACAUAGCACUCCAUUCAAGCCACUGAAGAAGAAAUGCUUUAUGAACAGACUAAAGGCUAGAGUACAUAGGAUAAACUCAAACUAAGAUUUCUGUAUAACUAGACUGGCCUGUUAGUAUAACUAUGUGUAAUGUACAUAAAAAGGAUCCUGUAACCUGCCAUUUUAGUUGACUUCAUGUAAAAUACAGCUUGAAUACAGUAGAGUUUAAAGAAGAUUGGACUCUUUUCUUUAAGUUUUUGUUUAUUACUGAAGAUGAGAAUGUUUGGUCAGUGCUAUAAUGUAAAGAGGACAGAUUCUCUUAAUGCAAGCUUGGCUUUCUGGUACUUAAUGCUUACUGCAUCUCUAAAGGUACAGUCAGGUAGGUUAACUCCACCUCUUAUAGCUUGUAGAGGUAUGAUCGUGUUGUUCUAACCAAGCAGGACCUCUCGCCUACUUUCUUUCUUUUUAAAAACAAAUUUAUUUCCCCCUGACAUUUCAUUGAAAAGUCAGUCCCUUAAUCUGCUGUCUGCCUGGAAAGAGGCGGCUUGUUGCCUUCUGUCUGAAAACAUGCGAUUUCUUCAGCGUUUCUGUCGAAUGUGAAGCACUCCCUGAUUAUUGUUGAUACCACACACUCUAAACAUACCAUCACCAACAAGGCAGGGGGAGCAGGCGCCCCAAAACACAAAUGUUUAUUUUUUUUUUUACUUGCUUUGUUGAAAAGGUUCGGAGGGACGGGGGGAACUUCGAUAUCCAAACUGCAUUAAAUACUUCCAAUAACUGUACACAUGUAAAGGCUCCUCUUAAUGUAUUUAAUGAUCUUUGUUAUUGACCAGUUUUGAGGGUCCUUUUUUUUUUUUCCUCCUUUUUUCUGUUUGUUUUUGUGUGAUGAAGCUGAGCUACUGCAAGUGUAUCCUUUCUUAUUUAUUUGUGAUCUGGACUUGGCAGUUAUGUAAUGGAAAUAAACAAGU